CAAAGAUUAUUUGAUAUAGCAAGUUAUAUUGAUAUGACGAAUGAUCGGAUAGGAUAUGAGAAUUGCAGAUUGAAAGGCAUUGAGCAAGUUGAUGAUAAUGAAAUAAAUGAAAGAGUGACGAAUAUAAUUAGUGAAACAAAUGAUGGAAUAAAACAGACAAAAGAAAUAAAGAUUAAAAACAUACCUGUUAGCAACCUAUUUGAAUGGUAUUUGGAUAUUGAUGAAGAUGAGAUGAUAAAGAAGGAAGCAAAUAGUAAUAAACGAGAGAUAGAUAAUACAGAAGAACAGAUAAUCAAAAAAACGAGUAGUGAAGUGGAAAUAGAUGAAAUUAAAAGAAAGAAUGUAAAGGUUAGUUCGAUAAAUGAUGAUGAAAGGGGUGAUAAGAAAUCUGAAGACUCACCUGAACAAAAUUAUGAAGCAAACGAUCUCGAAAAUUGCUAUGGAAAUAGAAUAGGUGAUUCUAGAUCUGGUGAAAAAUGUAAAAUGACUGCAAAAGUGGGGAAUGUAUUGAUGGAUCUUUUGAAUCAGGUGCACGUGUUAAUUAGAAUGUUAAAAGAUGAGGACUAUGCUGAAGGUUUCGUAAGGUUAAAUGGUUUGAGUUGUCGAUGUAAAGAUGCAAAAGCUGGAAUGUUGAGUACCCUGAAGCUUUAUGGUGACAAGGAUCUUGAGAAACAA